UCUCUUACUUUGUUUUGGGAUAGGUCAAGUCAAGGAAUUCCGGGACCUACCUCACAGACUGCCUCCAGCUCUUGAGCCUAAAACAGAAAGAAUUACUUCAAAAACAGACAAAACGCGAAUUAAUGCUGCUGACAAAGAACGCAUUAACUCCUUAGAAAAAGACAGAGCAACCAGUGCCGUUGUCGAAGAUAAUAAUAAGGUUGAACUAAACAGCAGUAGAGAAGUUGGUGCAUCAGUAGCAGGUACUGCACCACCUCACCUGCCUCCACCACAAUUACCUCCUAAGCCUGUUCGGGAACUUGCACGGGUCAUGUUCCCAUAUGCAGCAGAACACGAGGAUGAGUUGGAACUGAAGGAAGGAGACAUCAUCACUGUCCUGUGUAAAGAGCUUGAAGACAAAGGUUGGUGGAGAGGAGAACUUCAAGGUCAAAUAGGAGUAUUCCCAGACAACUUUGUGGAGUUAAUGAGUGUGGAGGAAAUGGGAAAGCCUCCUCGGCCAGAGAAAACUGCAGCUGUGUUGGCCAAGAAAGGGUCACCAUCACCCAGCAGUUCAGCAGACAGCACCCCAACAGGAACACUUAACAAACCAGCAGAAAUAAAACCAAAACCAGUUCAGGGAACAGGCUAUGGCGUUAAACUUGCAGACCUUAAGAAAGAAGGGACCACUAAGAAGGAGCCAGAAAACUUGACAAGUAAUGGCACAGCAAAAAUCCUGGGAUCUUCAGGUUCUUCAGCAUUCCAGCCAGUACAGAAAACAAAAGAAACUCUCAAGGAAAAUGGUAAGUACUUUAUAUGGGAAGAUCUGAGAGUCUUCACUGUGCUGCAUUUAUGA